AUGGCCAUGCCCUCGAGCGCACACUACAGCUCCGCGCUCAGCGUCUCCGUCAAGCCCCUCCAGUCGUCGUUCUUCGCUGGCGAAGACUUUGUCUGCACAAUCACCUUCACAAACACCAACCCAAAAGUCACUCACACCCAACCCAUACCACAGACCGCUGCCUUCUCAGCCAACGCAACCUUGCACAGUCACCCCGACGACGCAGCUGCCUUUGACGAUCCUGCCACCCCCACCCAGUCCCCAGCCUACCAUGCCGGCCGCCGCGUCGUCUCCAGUCAGCCCUUUUCAAAGACGCACUCCAACAAGUCAAAGAGCGUCGACGUCAGGGCAAUCGCCUCGCCACACAAGCCCACCACCACCAACACCGCCUCGUCCCACUACUCUCUAGAUGGCCAGCUCACCCGUUCCCGCAGGUCAAAGGCGCUUCUCAGGCAGAUGGACGGAGAACAGCUGCCAGAGCGCAAGGGCCUCAUCGGGGCACCACACCCCGCUGCCCUCUCAUCCGCACACUCCUCCACCACCUCCUCUUCUGCCGCUUUCGCGCCAUGGGUCAACCUGCAGUCCAACUCCAACGCUUCGUCACAGCGGCAGCACGCAAAGUCGGCCUCAGUUUCGGUCGGCCCUUGGAACACUGCCGCGGAUCGAGGCGGACUCGGUCUCGGCAUUCCGCCGCCUUCCUCGUCCGAGCGGCCCGGUGUCUCUCCGCAUCGCAUCGCACCGCCGGCCCAAGAGGCUCUCGCUCGCCUGCAGAUCAGCCCGUCGCCAUCUCAUUCCCCUUCCCCCGUCGGGCCUCGCGGCUCCUCGCUCGGCCCCGCCCUCGGUGGGCCGGGUCGAAAGACUUCAGCCACCAUCUCGGCAAAGCACCCGCACUCGCGCAAGAAGUCUGUUGCCCAGACUCAGGCAGAAGACCUCACAGAGGCCUUUGAGCUCGACCCAGCCAACGAUCGAGCCAUCAUGGCCCCCGCCAUGUCUGCAUCCACGUCAUCAUCCGCGUCCACCCCAUCCACGCCGGUUGGCCGCAAUCCUUCGCAGAACAGCCCAUGGGGAAGCGACAACUUCUACAAGCUCGGCCAGAACGACACCAUGGAGAGCGUCUUCCGCGACUCGAUCAACGACUGGUCGCAGGACAUGCGGAGGCAGGGCGGCGGCGGCAGCGCAAAGAGCCCGCUCUACCCGAACAAUGAUCUCCUUCCACCGGGCACCGAAAAGAUCCUUUGGUCUUUUGCACAGUUCGGAGGACUGGUCGAGAUCGACGAGAGCCUCGUCAAGCCUGGCGAUUUCGAGAACCUCAAGCAGCGCCUGGCCUACGGGGACCUCACAGGUGCCUCGGCGUCGUCGGUGCCCGGAACGCCUCGCGGCGUGAUCGGAGGCGGCGAUCUCGGCCACGAGGAGUCGGACAGUGCCGGCGGCGUCUCUCGCAAUGGCCGUUCCUCGAGCUGGAGUGGCUACCUUCGACAUGCUCUGGGAUCGGGUGGCGGCGCAUCCGGCCUGAGGGGGAGGCAUCGGCGCACCGGAUCUACGCUGCAGGAUACCAGGGAGCGCACGCUGCAGAGCCGCAGCGUGCCGACCUUCUCGUCGCCUCCAAGCAUCCUCGCCGUCGAUCUGACAUUGGGACCCGAGGAGAGCAAGUCCUACACCUUCCGCCUCCAACUGCCAGUGGACUUGCCUCCUUCCUACCACGGAAAAUCGAUCAAGUUCCAGUACAAUCUCAGCAUCGGGACGAACAAGCUCGACACGGCGGUCAACGCACGGCAAGCCCAGCGCAGCCGUCUGAUCCAGGUGCCCAUCCGCGUUUACAACCAUGUCACCACAUCGGGCAUCCGCCCUUUUUACGACCUGAUGAACCCCAUCAUACUGUUGCGAGAGCAGGCGGUGGUCGAGGCCGACGAUGGCACAGGCCCAUCCACGAUCAGGGAACACGCUACCGCCAGUAGGCAGGGACGACCCCAGAUCAAGACAACGCGAGCAGAGCUGGAAGGCUAUGUCCGCGAGCAGCUCCGGUCGCGCUCGCCAAGCGGCGGUACUGUCGCACAAAGCGGAACAGGAUCGGAAGGCCUCGAUCCAUUUGGCAUGACUGAGGGUCUGCCGCAGGAAAGCUGCAAAGCUGCCGUCGAGACGCUUUCGCGGACUUCGAGCAAGGUGUCGUACGACAUAUCCAAGGACUCGAAAGUGGCCGCCGUCCUGACGCUGGUCAAGUCCCGCUAUCGGCUGGGCGAAACAGUGAUGGCCAUGAUCUCGAUCAACCAGCCGGGCUCGCUGGCGCGGAUCGCGAGGUUCGCGGCUACGCUCGAGACGUUUGAGGAAGUGCAGCCUUCGAUCGCGCUGCUGCCGCCGGGGAGGAUGCAGAGGACGACGCGCAAGGUGCACGCAGAGUACCACGAGUCGACGCUCGACAAGGGAAGGGUCAGCUUUGCCCUGCCCGUCCCCAGCGGCGAAGGGCCUGAAUUCGUCACGAGCGGCGUCAAGUUGAACUGGACGCUGCGCCUGUCGUUCCUGACGAUAUCGCGCAUCAAGCCACCACCACCGACCGACGGCCGACGGGCACCGGCCAGGAAACCGCCACCGGUCCACCUGGUAGACUCGAGCUCGGACGGAUUCGCACUGUACCACACGUCCAAGCGAGCCCUCACCUCGCUGGCCGGUCCCAUUGUCCACAACGACGACGGGGAAGAGGACGGCGAGGAGGCGGAAGCGGGCGCGGGAGGGGGUGAGACCAAGUUGGAGACGGUCGAAUGCUCGGUCCCCAUCACGGUCCUGCCCAACAGCACCGGGUUCAAGGUCGGCGCGGCCGUCUUUUUCGCUUGA